CAUUCAGCACUGUAUCCGGUGAAUAAAAACAUGCAUGUAAAAACUAAAAACCAUUUGUAGUGUAGACUAGAUAAUUAAUUUAUAAUUUUAGAGAAAAUCUCCUCAUGCGGAAUCGUAGUAUUAUAAAACUAUUAUUCUAAAUAACCAAAAUUGUUUAUUUUUUUAAGACCUGUACCUUACUGUAUUUAUAACAUAACUCCUAACUUUUUUCAACAAAGCGAAAUUAUUUUUAGUUCCUAAAUUAUAACGUGGAACAAAGUUAAUACAAUGGCCUCAUUUAAAUUCAACUUCAACGGAACAGAUGAAGCUGUCGAUAUGAAAGAAAAUACAGAAAUUGAAUGGUUGCAAUGUGAACAGGUUGAGCUCACCAACCAGCAUAAUAAUUUAGAAACUAUAGCAAAACAAGCAAGAAUGUUUAUGUGUGGUGAUGUGGAGAUAGGUCAUGUUUUUACAAACCAGUUGUCUAUUGAAAUUGGUCAAAGCAAAAAAAAUGCUGUGGAGUUAGCUGAAAAAGAACACAGUGAUUUAAUUACUGGAAAGUAUGAAGGUGGGUUAAAAAUUUGGGAAUGCACUUAUGACCUUAUUGAGUUUUUAGAGAAUAAUGAUAUUAACCUGGAUAGUAAAAAAAUAUUAGAUUUAGGUUGUGGAACAGGUAUUCUGGGCAUAUAUUCCUACCUCAAAAAUGCCACAGUCACCUUUCAAGACUAUAACAAAGAAGUAUUGGAAAAUAUAACAAUACCAAAUUUAUUACUUAACAUUGAGGAUGAAACUACAAGACAAUCUGAAAUAAAAAAAUGUAAUUUUUUUUCUGGUGAUUGGAAGUCAUUUAAUGAUUUUUUGUCUAAUGAUGAGAAAUAUGAUGUAAUACUUACAUCUGAGACAAUAUAUAAUCUAAAUAACUAUGAUAAGCUUAUCAAACUAUUUGAAACAAGGUUAAGUAAAAAUGGUGUUAUUUAUGUAGCAGCGAAAACAUAUUAUUUUGGUGUUGGCGGUGGAACAAGACAAUUUGAAAAGGCAAUAGAAAACUCAGGGACAUUAAAAUCGGAAGUUGUAUGGAAAACAACAUCUGGAAUACAAAGAGAGAUAAUUAAAAUAUAUAAAAUUUAAAUUAA